GUCUAUAAGGCUAUUUUACAGUAGAUCAACUGAAUAAACCGCCGAAAUGACAUCAACAUAACAUUCGAUUAAGCCAAUGUAGUUUAUCAUGAGAAAUAGUUCUAAUGCAAAAAAAAAAAAAACACAUAGGUAAAAGCAAAUCUUCCAGAAAAGUGAAGAACAUUCUAAACAUGUCUCUUUGACACCUGGCGGAUGGAAGGUGCAACAACAAAAUCACCAGCAGACGUCUCCUUCUAGCCACAUUCUACGAGCCACGAGAGGAAAAGAGGAGUGACUUGCACAGUUUUGAAAGCAAGCAGGGAAAAUGGCAGACGCCGAGGACGAGAAGCUGCCGUCCGGGUGGGAAAAGCGGAUGAGCCGCAGUUCGAGUAGAGUGUACUACUUUAACCACAUCACCAAUGCCAGCCAGUGGGAGCGUCCGGUGGGGUCAGGUGAUGGGAGUGGUGAGCCAGACAAGGUGCGUUGUUCCCACCUCCUGGUGAAGCACAGCCAAUCGCGUCGCCCGUCCUCCUGGAGGGAGGAGAACAUCACACGCUCCAAAGACGAGGCCCUCGACCUCAUACAAAAGUACAUAGAGCGGAUGCAGUCAGGAGAGGAGGAGUUUGAGGCUCUGGCCUCUCAGUUCAGUGACUGCAGCUCCGCACGCAACGGAGGAGACCUGGGGCUGUUCGGCAGAGGUCAGAUGCAGAAGCCGUUUGAGGAUGCGUCCUUUGCUCUGAAGGUGGGAGACAUGAGUGGUCCGGUGUUCACCGAUUCUGGAGUUCACGUCAUCCUUCGCACGGGAUAGAGACAAGCUCUGACCCCCUGAAUACCCCCGUCACCCCCUGAAUACCCCCUCUUGUCCUCCCUACUACCCUUAGAAUCCCUUCCACCUCAAAUACCCCCCCACCCACCGUUCUGUUCUAUAUGCAACUUUACACUGACACUAUCAACACCCCUUGUACCCGUUGCCAUGGCUACAUCGUUGUGUGUGUGUGUGUGUGAAAAUAAGAGACCUGUCGGUAGUGACUGACUGACUGAGCGAACGAGUGUGUGUGUGUCUGUCUGUUCACAUGGACCAUUACCCCUCCACCCCCUGCUUUAUAGUGACCCCUCUCUGUUUGCCAAGGCAUUAUUCUGUCUCAAUGAUAACAUGUCAGAUGGUUAGUGGUAGACCAGUGUUCCAUACUCUCUCAUAGGAGACCGACAUGUAGAAGGCUGACUCAUGGGAUUAUUUAAAUUGCUACCAACAUCCCUUAGUGGUAAAAUAGUCAGGGCACAGUCCACUGUCUGCCAUGUUUGUAGUGCCCCCCCCCAAUUCCAUUUACUUCUUCACUGUAUCUCCUAUGUUCCAGGGAACUACAAUACCCAGUAUGCAUGUGGGGAAGGGAUUUUGUAAGCUUGAAUCUGCUAAGAGGCACUUCAUAUGAUCUGUUCAUCUCCCACCAUUAAAGGACUCUUAUUUUGUAAA